UGGAAGAAAGCCGUGAUAAGUUCCUCAUGUUUUAGGGAUAAGCAAACUGAGCAGCCAGUAAACUUAGCAAAAGAUCGAUUUCAUGAGAGACGGAUAUGGAACCGCCAGGCAGCCACUCCACCGCGGGACACGGCUGAGGGAAGCAGACGUCACCUGGAACUGGACUUUGCUUCUGUUCCACAUAAGCAAUAAUGAACUUUGCUUGUAUCUUACCUGUAAUGGUACUUUUACUAGCUGCCGGGGCAAGUAUGCAUGUAGACAACCGCACACGAUGGGAGGAGAGCUUGGAAGCGCUGAAGGAGAUCGUGCAGGGCCCUGCGUCUGGACGGUCCCUGGUUAUCCACCUCGACGCUCUCCUCCCCCUGGACGCCCGGCAGGCCGUGUUGGCCCUGCAGUCGGUGCAGGGCGCGGCUCAUGUCGUGACCAGCUCUCCGCCUGAACAUCUGUGUCAGAGCAAGAACGAUUCACAAAUUCUUUCUCUUCAUCCAUCGACUCUCUUCAUCGUAGUUUACUUAUCACACCCGCCAACGCCGUGCCCGCACUGGAGUCCUCAGAAUAUCUUGCUUUACAGUUUGACGCCAGGCCAAAGGUUUGAUGCCUUGCGUGACCUGAAGCUAGACAAGGUUGAAAGUUUGGCUCUCGUCACUCCACUUCCAAGUGGGUCUCGAGGAGUAUACACGUGGAUGCCCUUUGCUCGUGACCCUGCAGUGUUCUUGGGGCAGUGGGCGCCUCAGAACUUUACAUGGGAUACUUUGUUCGUCGAUAGAUAUCCCUCCUUUGAAGGAUACACGUUCAAACUAGCGAUAUGGCAUGACUACCCUCCCUUCGUGUACACGGACGAAGCCUCGUCCACUGAUGAAGUCAUUGGAACCUCGGUAAAGAUGCUCGACGUAAUAUCAGAAAAAUUCAACUUUACCUACAUCGGAUACGAAGGGCCUUCCAGCGGCAAGUGGGGCGCGAUCGAAAACAACACCUGGGUCGGCUUGCUCGGCCAGGUGUACAGGAGCGAGCGAGACUUCUCCAUCAUGUGUUUCUUUCCGUCCCCUGACCGCGUGAGAGACUUCGGUGCCUCCGUUGUGUACCGCCAGGACGGCUACGCCUUGCUCGUGCCCGUCACGCCGCCGGUGCCCGAGUGGAUGAAGGUGCAGCGUCCGUUCAGCUGCGUGGUGUGGGGCUUCAUGGCACUAAGCUCCCUCGCCUCACUCGCCUUCCUUCACAUUCAAGCACGGGUUCUGGGGCAGCGGUGGAGGGCCGGCGCCGAGGCAGCCAGCAACACCUGGUUCUCGCUGCAAGGCCUGGUGCUGGGGCAGAGCGUCGCGCGGCAGUACGCUGGGAUGGCCAUGCGAGUGUUCCUGUCCCUGUGGCUCCUGUGCUGCCUCGUCCUCGGUACCGCCUACACCUGCAACCUCGUGGCCAUCCUCUCCAGCCCAUCCGACCCCAGGCGCAUCCACUCCCUCGUUCAGUUGGCGGAGAGCGACUUCAGGCUGGCCACAGUGGACUACGGGGACUUUCUAUAUGAGUUGCUGGGCAAAUCGGAGGACGGCAUCGUGAAGCAGCUGAAGCAGAAACUCGACUUCUUCCCCGACGAGGCAGCGGCCGUGGCGUCCAUGGCGGAUGACUCGCACGUGCUGCUCGGCGUCAAAAUCGAGACUCAGUACAUGGUGCAGGAGAAGUUCAGGAUGUACCGCUGGUAUCUCCUGCCUGAGCUCCUCUUUACAAACUACCUCUGUUGGCUGUUUCCCAAGAAUGUUCCAUGGAAGAAAAAGUUUGACACCAGCAUACAAAGUAUUCUUGAAGCAGGGCUCUACAAUCAGUGGCUCAAGGUGGAGAUGGAAAAAGUAUCCAAUGCCUGGAGGAGGCACGGAGGCAGCAGCACCUGGUAUGCAGCUCCCCUUAACCUGCCUAACCUGCAGGGUGUUUUCUAUCUCCUCUUCAUUGGGUUCUUAAUUAGUGGAACAGUUUUUAUUUGUGAAUAUACAUGGAGUGAGAAGAGUUUUGCUUUCUGCUGAAAGUAAUGCAUUAGCAUUAAUAUAUGUGCACAGCUUUUAGGAGAGUUGUCCAUUACAUGGCAAAGGCCUUCUGAGGCUAAUCAGCCCACCUCUCUCCCGUCUACUCUGCUCCAUACAAGCUAAUUUUCCAUUUGUCCCCAAUCAACACUUUCAUUAUUCAGUGUCUGUUACGCUUGACAACUCCACAAGUAAUGAUUAUUGACUUGGGAGGAAAAUUAAUAAGCUAACAUUGUUAUUUGACAUAAUCCGGUAAAGUUCGGAACUUUUGAUGUAUUAUUUCAAGUAUAAAUGUCUGAUAAAAAAAGAAAACUGGCAACAACUGCCAA